AUGGCGAGAACCAAGCAAACAGCCCGCAAAUCCACCGGUGGCAAAGCCCCCAGGAAACAGCUGGCCACCAAAGCUGCCCGCAAGAGCGCUCCGGCCACCGGCGGCGUCAAGAAACCUCACCGCUACAGGCCCGGUACCGUGGCUCUCCGUGAGAUCCGUCGCUACCAGAAGUCUACCGAGCUGCUCAUUCGCAAGCUGCCCUUCCAGCGCCUGGUCAGGGAAAUCGCUCAAGACUUCAAGACCGAUCUGCGGUUCCAGGGUUCCGCAGUCAUGGCUCUGCAGGAAGCUAGCGAGGCCUACCUGGUCGGCUUGUUCGAAGACACCAACCUGUGCGCUAUCCACGCCAAGAGAUCGACAAUGUCUGGAAGAGGCAAGGGUGGAAAGGGUCUGGGCAAAGGGGGCGCGAAACGUCACCGCAAAGUUCUUCGUGAUAACAUCCAGGGCAUAACCAAGCCCGCUAUCCGCCGUCUGGCUCGCCGCGGCGGAGUCAAGCGUAUCUCCGGCCUCAUCUACGAGGAGACUCGCGGUGUCCUCAAGGUCUUCCUGGAGAACGUCAUCCGCGACGCCGUCACCUACACCGAGCACGCCAAGAGAAAGACCGUGACCGCAAUGGAUGUGGUGUACGCUCUCAAGAGGCAGGGCCGCACUCUCUACGGCUUUGGCGGUUAA